AUGCCAUUUAAAGUGAUUAUCAUAGGAGGCUCUGUCACUGGACUAACCCUGGCGCACUGCCUGGACCUGGCAGGGAUUGAUUAUGUUGUUCUUGAAAAGCACCACCAGGUGCAUCCCCAAGUAGGCGCUUCCCUGGUCAUCAUGCCCAACGGGGCCCGUGUCCUGGAGCAGCUGGGAGUACUCGAUCAUCUGAGGACAAUCGGACAACGCUACGAGUUGGCUCAUUUUAUGUUCCCUGAUGGAUUUCAAUACUGCAAUCGUGCUCCGACAGUAGUGAAUCAGCGCUUUCAACUGCCCCUUUUAAGUGUCGAGCGAAGACAGUUCCUGGAAGUCAUCUACUCAAGAUUGAAAGACAAAAGCCGCGUGCAUGUCGAGAAGAGAGUGGUGAGCAUCGAAUCCACCCAGGAUGAUGUCUCGGUCAAGACCAGCGACGGGAGUAUCUACUGCGGCGACCUGGUGGUCGGCGCCGACGGGGUGAACAGCACUGUGCGGUCCGAGAUGUGGCGGAUGGCAGCCGGGCUGGUGACGGAGGAGGAGAAAGCAGGCCUCUAUGCGGAAUACUGCGGUCUGUUCGGCAUCUCCAGCGGGACACCAGCAACCAAAGGGUUCCAGAACAUCUUCCGCAGCAACAACCUCUACGUGAUUCUGGUAUUUCCAGGCGGCGGGGGCGACGUCUACUGGUGUGUGGUCAAGAAGAUGGAUCGGAAAUACACGUAUCCUGAUAUUCCACGCUUCUCCUCCGAGCAGAAGCUCGCCAUGGGGGAGUCACUGGCCGCCUCUCCGAUCUGGGAAGACGUCAGGUUCGGUGAUCUAUGGACACGCCGACGGACCUGCAGUAUGGUGGCUUUGGAGGAAAACCUAUUCAAGACCUGGCAUCACGGCCGUAUCGUCUGUAUUGGCGACAGUAUAAGCAAGAUGACGCCCAAUAUCGGCCAGGGCGCCCAGAUGUCCAUUGAGUCAGCUGCAGGAUUAACAAAUGCCCUGCGAGCGUUGGUGAAUGCACACGAGAAGCCGGCCACACACGAAAUCACGGCCGCCUUGGAUGAUUUCCAGCGAUCGCUGGCCCCCCGUCUGGUGAGGAUCAAUAAGUUCUCCCGCCAGGCAACCCGGCUGCAGACCAUGGAUGGACUGUCUCGACGGCUUCUUGCACGCUAUAUUCUCCCGUGGUUUUCGGAUCGGAUGGCAGACAGUAUCUGUCGCAUGGCGGGCACAGGCAUCGUGCUGGACUUUGUGCCAUGUACGAUCAGGGACCGGCAGCCGCCGACCACAGGCAAGUCUUGGGCUGCCAUGUUGGUUUGCGUGCUUCUGGUUGCUUGUAUGGUUAGAUGGAAAUUGAAGUCAUAG